UCAAAGAAUAUCGGUUAUGCUGCGCCAUCAGUACGACGGGACCGAGUACGAACUUGGCUCCCCGCGAUGCGUUUGGUGGGACGAACAGCAGAACGGAUGGAACGAGACUGGGUGCCAACGAGUUACCUCCACGCAGAUAUACACAGAAUGCUCUUGCGAUCACCUUACCAAUCUGGCGGUCAUCAUGGAUAUUAAUGGAGUCAUUCAAAAGGACAGUACCUUGUACCUAAUAUCGCAGUGGAUUACCAUCGUGGGUUUCUCCGUGUCCAUUCCGAGCUUGCUGCUUAGCGUCCUGUGUCUUCUCUGCUUCCGGAACGUCCGCGCCCGAAAGAGUUCGAUCAUUCAUGCUAAUCUCUGUCUGAAUCUGCUGGUGGCGGAAGUAGUCUUAUUAGCGGGUUUGGACGCCACUCACAAUGCCGUGGCGUGCGCGGUGGUGGCCGCAAUCCUCCACUACUUCUUCCUCGCCACCUUCACCUGGAGCGCCAUCGAGGCCUUCCACAUGUACCUCAACUUCAUCAAGGUGUUCUCCACGAUGGGAUCUCCGCUCAAGUACUACCUGGGCUUUGGCUACGGCAUCCCGACUCUGUUCGUCUCCAUAACACUUGGAGCCACGCAGGGCAGUGGUUACGGGUCUGAGAGAGCGUGUUGGCUCGAAGGUGCACUGAUCUGGGCUUUUGCUGGACCCCUCGCUUUUGUCAUGGUGGUGAGAACUGUGGACUUGAGAACUCUCGUCCGCUGCCCGCUCCCGCAGAGCAACCUGGUGGUCUUCUGGAUGAUCAUUCGCGUGGUGUGGCGUGACAGGAGCGUGGGCGACCUGCAGCACCGUAGAUCGCGCCAGCAGCUCCUCAAAAGGCUGAAAGGAUCCGUGUCCCUGUUCCUCCUCCUCGGGGCCACCUGGAUCACGGGAUUCUUCUACUUUGCUGAAGCAACUUCCUUCAUGGCCAUCGUGUUCACACUCCUUAACUCCUUCCAAGGCCUCGGGAUCUUCAUACUUACUAUCAUAACCGACACUACUAUCUUGACAGAGAUUAAAAAGCUGUUGGGCAUGAAGGUGGAUGAUUCCAAGACAUCUUACGCCUCGAGGAUGACAACCACAGUUGUAAACUAAAAUAAACAAAUCACUUGACUUUGAACUGACAACGUCUUCGCAGGUCGAGAUAUUCAUUCGUUUCUGGAAAGUCAAGUGUUUUUGUUCAACUCCUGUUCUGUGUCUUAACUUUAGAGGAGAGUAAAGUUAGAAUUCAGUCAAUAGAUUUGGAGAAUAAUUAAUCCAAUAUAUAGAAAUACACUCAUA